AUGGUCUGUUCCACCUUUGACAGCAUUGCUGGGGUGCAGUUCCUGUACCCUUCAUGCUAUAACACCUCUUACACGGUACCUGAAUCUGAAGGUGGUUGGCUUAUUGGCCCAGCGUCUGACCCUGGCUCGAUCUGGUUCCAUAAGGCUAUUGAUUGGCUGGCUAGGUUUUUGCAUUAUAUCCAGGAUACGUGGAAUCGCGUAAAUGGUAUAACCAUUGCUGAGUUUGAAUUUUCGGGGCCGUUUGAGGCGAAGGGGUUGAACUUGUGGGGUGCUCGGCUUGGAGUAUGGCUGGCUGAUUAUGUCGAGUGGAGGGCUGGGUAUCCUUCAAGAUUCGGAGUACAGUAUGUCAACUUGACUACGCAAGAGCGCUUCUACAAGGCCAGUUUCUUUGAACUGGCGAAUUUGUUCCGCACGUAUAUUCAGGGCUAGAGACAUGCGCCUAGACAAAGGUCUGCCACUGCGUUGUCAUACAUAUCGUGCGAAUGCUACUACCUGAUCCUAUUCACAUAGUAUCUAUACCGCAUACAUGCAUCAGACCCACCUCCUCCUCCGUCUCUUAACAAAGGUUUCCCAUCC